GCAGUCAUGAUGGGAGUUCGGAUAUCUUCUGCCACCAGCGAGCCUUUAUAAACUGUGGAUGAAGUUUGUAGUGGGGUUUGUUCCAAGUGAAGAAUGGAAAUGGGCUGGUGGCGACUGCCUCGUUACUGAACACACUCAGAAAGCAGCGAAGAACGUUGUGUCCUAAACCUAUUCGUUUGCUAUAGGCUUUUAUUUUUUAUUUUGAAGAGUUUUUGCUGCGCAAGAAUAAUAUGCAGAAUAAUAAUUCAGUAUUGGUAUUUUUUUCUAGUGUUUAUGUUUCUCUUCUAAAAAGUGUUGACAACCUGUGUUGAUGUUUACUAAGCUUGCACAGAAAUGUUUUGUGGCCUACCUAGCAAAAAAGGUAUAUUCAGAAAUUUAGGUGAGCUGCAGAUCAACUGACAAUGCCUUACGAUCUAGGUGUAUUUGACAGCAGGGCAGAUUACAAAUCCGAGAAGCAAUGCCAAAGAACCUCAUUUGCCUUUUAUCAAGCAGUCCGGGACCUGUUACCGGUAUGGGUGCUCGAGGACAUGCGGACAAUGGAGGUUUUUCAUUGGGAAGAUGACGGGCAAGCGUGCGUUUUCACUCCAUCCGAGGCUUUUCUGUAUGCACUUGUGCACGACCAUCAACAAUAUGCUAGAUACCUGCUCAACAGAUACUCCGUCGGUGCACUAGAUAUGCCGAGUCAAAGCUUCUGCUGCUGCCAAGCAUCCGCAACCCCGCAUCUCACAGUAGCUGUCCGCUAUAAUCGCGUAACUAUCCUGAGUAUGAUUAUGGACACUCUGAAAGACUUCUCCGAUAGCCAGCGCGACGGCUACAUGAACAGUCUUGGAUGUUUUCACAUGGAUGGAGGCAAAGGCGCAUUGCAUCUGGCGUGCGAACUGGUGCGCCCUGAGUGCUUGAUUCUCUUGCUAGGACACAGUGCCAGUCCUUAUGUCACAGACCGAGAUGGGAACACCCCCAUGGACUGCCUCUUAAAUCAGAUACGCCAAGGCAAGUCUGACAUGCGCCGCAAGCACGUCUGCCUUGGCUAUCUCAUUCUCUUCAUGCCAAAAUGUGAUUUUCAAAUGAAGGGACAGUUGCAGAAGAAUCCUGGGGUGUGGCAGAGUCUUAUCGGAAAGCAGGCUUUCCAGUGGUUGUCAGGACAUUCUCCGCCCUCACUUUUUGUUCAGGCUAUGCAGAAAAUGAUCCAGUCCAUACCUGUUGAACAGGUAGAAUCUUUGCCAGACUUUCUGAAACCACUGGAAUUCAGGCUACACCAGUAUGCCAGUUAAAGACUACCUCGAAGAUCAAACUACUUUGCUGACAACUGCAAUUAAAUGUUUUUGUUUGACAGUGCCGUAUGUAUAUAACUAUAUUUGAUUUGAUGUUAAGAACCAUGCACUUUAGUAUGUCGACUUCUCAUACUUGACUGUAAAGUUAAUUUAAUGGUGUUAGUAAUGUUGCUAUGUAAAUAAAAAUAUAUUUGUCCAUAAAAGAUCA